AACCAAUGUGAUGAUUGCACAAUUUGUGGUAUAUGCAAGAUAAAUAUCAUUUUGAAAUUUAUUAAACAUUAUUAAAGAAAACUUAUUAAAGGGGUUUUCUUCCUAUUUAUGUUGUUUCUUAACAAAAUGAACAUUUUCCGAUAACAUUUGUAUGUGUUCGCUGUUACUGGCAUUUGCCGAUAACAUUUCAUAGUCGAUAAACGGCAUUGGCGCAAUUUAAAAACAAACCGUUGCUAAGGAGGAAAAACCAAAACAAAUCAUUGUAUUGUAAUUUUUCUACAGACUAUAAACGUAUUAUUUUUAAAAUAGAGAACAAAAUAGAUUUUAUAGUAUGGCAACAUCGUCGGCAUCUAAUUGGCUGCAUGUGGACAUCGAGGAAGACACCCCGAAACUCUGUUCGACUUUAUCCAGUUGCAUGACACUCAGUGACGUGCAAUGCGAUGGUUACGUGCGGCUAUUAGUAGCUGACAUUUCUCUAGAGGAUGACGAGGAGCCCAGUGCCAAGCUUAAAGUGUUUCGUGGACUAACACUUAAGCAUGAGCAACCACUACCUGGCGUACCAACUGCAAUUGAAAGUCUCUACACAGAUGAAACAGAACCUAAAACGCCGGUCAUUGCAGUGGCCAUUGCUGAUUCCGUGCUGUUUUAUAGGCACUUGAAGCCCUUCUUUAAAUACACAAUACCAGCCACGGAUGCGGAUGAGUUGGAGUUGGAGGUGUGGCGCAAAUUACCUGUGAUGAAACCGGAGACUCAUGAAGGGCUGCUGCAGUUACUCAAGGAUGUGGACCAUGCCAAACUGUCGCGUAAAACUCAACGGCUGCUGCAACUAACGGAGGAAGAGCGUGCUGCAUUUAUUAGCACUCACAAGGAUUCUGUUGUAGGUCGAACCGGCAAUAUUGUGGCCAUGUGUUGUCUGAACCGAGUUUCCAGCAACGUGAGCCCCCCUUCACAUUUGGUUCUGGCCACAGACACGGGCCACAUAUAUGUGUUGGAGCCGCAGGGCUUCAACUUGAUAUAUCAGUCAACUAUUUGCAAUUAUGAGACAGCUGUGCCAAGCCUUAUUUCGGUACAUGGCACCUAUGAGACAGAUUUCUCCAUUGUGGUGGGCACGCGGAAUGGUGGAGUUUACCUGCUGCGCAAGUCCAGCAGCGAGGGUCAGGAGAUUUUCAAGCUAUCCACCCCAUUGACUGGCCUGCUCCUGCUGCCCAUUGAUCAGACAAUCGUUAUAACCACCAUGGAGCAUCGCUAUAUGUGCUGCUCGAAGCGAGGCAAACAGCUUUAUCAGCUGCACUUGGAGUCGGCGCCGGUCUGCAUUUUACCCCUACCGCUGACCCACCUGGGCGUCACCUUGGUUGCCGUCGCACUUCAAGGUGGAAAGGUGGCCUUCUAUUUGAAUCGCUAUAUGGUGGACGAACUCGUGGUCCCAGAGACUGUGGCGGGCAUGCUAUACGGACGUAUGGGAAUGGAGGAUCAUGUGCUCACACUGAUAACGGAAAGUGGCGAAAUAUUUAUAAAGAUAUUGCGACGCAUAACACGUUUUGAGCCAGAUACAUCAGCGGCUGCACUAACGAAAAAGGGUUUGGCGGUGCCGCAGAAGAUCGGAGAUGCAUCCAUACUGGACAAGUCAAAGAAGAGCUCAAUAUUCGUAGAGCAAGCGGCGCGUGAGAAACAGCAGGCCAAGUCUAGCUACGGCAGCUUUCAGAUGGAGCUGUGGCGACUACGCCACACAGCCGCACGUGCCACAAUAGAUGCUAUCAACUCCUCAGAGAGCACCAUUUCAGGAGACCUAACACAUGCACCCGUAAAACUAGCUGCCGAGGUGUGCGGCAGUGGACCCGUUUUUCGACUCUACCUCACCGUACAGAAUCUGUCCACGUAUAAGAUGGCCUCAAAUCUGGCCUUACUGCUGCAUGCGGAUCGUCGUCAUUAUACCAUACAGCAGUCCGUGGCCAAACUGCCCAGCGUUCUGCCUGGCAUACCGCUGCGCGUAGACUUUGAGGUGAUGGCUGUGCUGGAUGCAAUGGACAAGCUGCCACCAGCCACUUUGACGCCCGACAAUUCUCAGAUUCGUGUUAUGCUAAUGAAGGCGGGUCAGGCGAAGCCACUUAUAGCUGCCGUGGUGGCCAUGCCACAAUCGGAAGCAGCAUUCUAAAUGCUGUUCAAUAUAAAGUGAUUAAUAUUUGUUAUUACGGGGCACAUACUUCUCGUAGACCUUGACGUAAGCCUUCUAUGCGGUUCAUACAUGCUCUUUUUUAAAUCGAAUAAUCCAGUCUUAUCAAUGUUGACGUCUCCAAUGGUGGCCUGCUCGAAGAGUCCAUAUAACUUCAAGAAGUCAGAGUCUUUGGGCUUCUUAGAGAACUUCUUGGCGAGUUCAAAACCUUACUCAAAGGCGGGCCAUUAUGCAAGGCAACUGUGUGGAAUGUUGCUUAACUUUAAACGUGUGGCUUCUACUUAUAAUAAUCUCAUCCAAUAAUAUGCAAUUUAAUUAAUUUAAAUUUAGGGAAAGUCUGCUCAGUAUAGGCUAAUUUCAGUUGGGUUUUAUAUUAAUUAAUAUUGUGGAAAAGUAUGAUAGGUGAGCGCCGUUAGUGUUUGUCUGAUCUAAGAUAAGUCUGGACAUGAAUCAUUCAAAAUUAAAUCAAAGUGACUUGACUGUGAACUGUGCGCCAUAGCCACCAUAAAUAGGAAGUCAAGUUUAUCUUCAGUUGCUGACAGUAUUGACUCGUUUUAUAUAUGUAUUUACAUAAAUGUGAUAAAACAUAUUCGAUGAACACUCAUAAAAUAUUUAUGCUAAUCUUAUCGAUUCAGUGCAUAACGUGACUCCAUGUCUAUCUCUAUACUUAGCUCUAUGAUUGCGAUUAUACGUAUAUGAAUUGACAAUAUUAUUUCUAGCAAACUGCAAGUGCAAACUCAUACGAACUAUUCGUUAUUGACUCAGCGAGAUCCAAUCAGCAUA